AUGGGGGAAGGUGCAGGGCGUCCUGAGAAGCGGAGGCGAACCCUUCCGAAUGUUAGUCUUCCGAUUUCGUCACAGGCUCAAAGCGGAUCUAACGGAUACCUGGCUUGCUUUGACGAGACCAAACCUAUCGCUGUAGUUGUUUCGCCCCUGAAGAGACGCCAAGGAGCGAUAUUGACGCGUAACUUAAGAGGCGCAGGGGCAUGUGUGAUUGAGGACUUGAGCAAGUUGAAGGAGGACGCUGGAGGUGCAGAAGUAGCUAGCGUCGUCGUGGUGACAGAUAACAAGUUGCGUGCAGAGCAACAAAUAGGCACUCUCCGAAGUCCGCGAUAUGUCUCGACCAAAUGGGCUUCAGCAGUUCUUUCGAUGCGAUCACCGCUUCCGCUUGAUCCCUACCUCCUCAGAGAUCGCCCUGCCUCGGUGUCAGAUAAGAUCAACUCGGGCACGACCCAAGAUGCGAAGGGACACAAGAGCACAGGCUUUCUCCCCGUGUGGUGCAGUCUUGGGAGGCCUGACUACAGCGAUAUCGCUCAAAAGCAGGCCCUUCUACGAAACUUACCUGUACAUCUUUGCCAACGGAGCACAGUGACGCAGAGCAUCUAUCCAUCGCCAAACCGGGACAUCUGCAAGAUGUUGGAGAAGAUUGCAAAAAAGCGUGUUCUAGAACAAGCUGGCGGGUCAACCCUUGCAGCUGAUACCCGUGCUCACGCUUAUCAACUAGCUAGCUCAGCCUUAAAGUGUGUGCCCUUUGCAUUGAAAACGCCGCAAGACGUCGACAGUUUGCAUGCGCUCGGUCUUCGUGUCCUUGGUGCUGUGCGCGAAUAUCUACAUACGGGCGAUAUGCAUGAGGCGUCAAUGCUGGAGACGGACGUGCGGCUGCGGACGCUCAGCGAGUUUCGGGAAUUCUACGGAGUAGGGGCAGCAUCAGCCCGAGAGUUGUACGACGUGAGAGGUGUAACGAGCGUAGAACAGUUGCGAGAAAAAGUGAAAUCGUACCCAAACGAGUUUCCGGAGACGCUGGUCAAGCAUUUACAUCAUUUCGACAGACUCAAGCGUUUGAACUUCAAGCAAGCCGAGACAUUCAACCAGAAAGUGAAAGCAUGUCUCAACGAAGGCGGGAAGAACAACCUGCAUCUCCGAGUGACACUCUGCGGGGGUUUCCGGCGGGCCGAGCUGUCCGGGCACGACGUGGACCUGUUGUACUGUCGUCGGCAAGAGCGCGCGGACAACCACGACUCGGUGCUAGCCUCGGUCGCGCGGCGGCUCUCCCAGUGCGGAUUGCUAGUGUCCGUACUGUCACUGACCGCGAACGAAGAAGGGUGGCACGAGCGGCGGUACCACACGAGCCGCGUGCGAGGCGUGUACCGGUACGCGCACGACAUUCUGCACGGGCUGGCCGUGUUCGAAGGGUGUGUGUUCCGAGUGGAUGUGGUAGGGGUGCGGGACGCUGCGGAGUUCCCCUUUGCCACGCUGGCGUGGUCCGGGUCGACAGUGUUCCAGCGGGAUCUGCGGCUGUACUGCGAGAAGAAGGGGUGGAUCUUUAACCAGCACGGGAUUUUCGAACGCGACGGCGGGCACAGGGUCAAGCUCACGCCCGGGCCGAAGAGUGAGAUGGACGUGUUUGAAGCCAUGGGCCUGACGUAUCGCCCCCCGUUCGAGCGCAGCUGUUAA